AUGGCGACUGCCGCGAGCGCAACAUGCCUCACCAGCACGUUUCAUAGGUACAGCCGCGGCAGCAGCCUCCAGGCGUCUCGGCGCCAAGGAGGCAAACAAUGCCGCGGUCUCGCCCUGCGCGUUUCGGCCGUGGCUGAGUUCGUCAGGGUCAGCCACAAGGAGGCUGUGCUAUACCAGAAGCUGCGCGCCCACGAGAGCAGCCUGGCUGCCACCAUAGUCCUUCAAGACACAGCCGAGGAGAAGAAGAUAGUCACCAGCAGCCUGGACAAGACGCUGGCGCUGUGGACCAGCCAGGGCAACUGCGAGGAGCUGGAUGUGUGCGGGUUCAAGGAGGAGGCGCGGCUGGCGCCGCCCGGCGGCCCCAUCUUCUCCCUGGCGCUCGACAGCCGCGAGCAGGACGGCCUGCCCAACCAGGUGUUUGUGGGCAACCACGCCAAGCAGGUGGCGGUGUGGGUGCCCCCCGCCGCAGAGCUCGACUCCAACGUCGUCCUGGAUGAGCACUGCGGCUGGGUGCGCAGCCUGGCGGUGGCGCAGGGCCGCUGGCUCUUCUCCUGCGCCUGCAACACGCUGCGGCAGUGGGACAUGUCGCGCGCCGUGCCGCGCUGCGUGUCCACGGUCUGCCUGGACAAGGGCGACAUACUGGCGCUGGUGGCGCGCAAGGACCGCAUCUACGCCGCAAACGCAGACGGGAGCAUACGCGCCUGGUCCAUUGACAGGAAGUCGGGGGAUCUGAGCGAGGUGGCUUGCCACAUGAAGGCGCACGGCGAGCGCGUGACGGCCAUCGCGCUGCGCGGCGCUCUCCUCUACUCUGUCUCCUACGACGGCUGCCUCAAGGCCUGGGAUGCAGACAACCUGGACAUCGUGGUGGACAGGUCCAGCGCGCACGGCGGCGAGCGUGUGCACUGCCUGGCGGUCGGCCCCGACGGCCUGCUCUACACCGGCGGCGACGACAAGCUGGUGCGCCGUUGGGACCCCUCCCUGCUGAUGCCCGCCGCCCAGCCGCUGCUGUGCCACAACCACUCGGUGCGCACACUGGCGGCGGGGGGCAAGGAGCUGGUUGUGUCUGGCGACAAGGGCGGCGAGCUGGCGGUGUGGAAGGUGUGA